CAAAAUUAAGCACUUAAAAAAAUAAACCCAAAUUAAAAACUGUCAAAAAAAAUAAACUUGUUUUGUGAAAUGGAGCAAAGCAAAGACAACCUGCUUAUUGUUAGUCCCAAAAUCCUGAAGUUCUAUAUGCCAUACGAUCGCAGCCAAAGACGUCUGCUCACCAUGCUGAAUCCCACCGAGUUCAGGCUGGUAUUCAAGGUCAAAGCCAACCAGCAACGGCACUACAAUGUCACACCAAAUUGUGGCGUUAUCGAGCCGUACACGACCACCGAAGUGUGCAUAAGUCUCAACUAUUUCGACUUCCAUCCGACUCGUAGAUAUAAGCAUCGAUUCUGCGUUCAAUGCGUGCGUGCCCCCGCCAACCUGCCCCACGAUCUCCUUGACGCCUUUAAUGAGGUGGAACGCUCAGAGCUGAACAAUGUGCGUGUUCCUGUUCAGCUCAAUGCCAAGUGCGUGGAUGUGUCGGACCAUCAGUUUACUAAUAUGCAGUUCGAUAGACCAGACUUUCCAGUGGAUGCCUUGCGACAAAAGUUCCGCCCAUUGUGUCCGAAUUGUGCGCAGCAUAUGGAAAGGACUCGAACCGAAAAGACAGGCUGCAAUUUGGGCAGAAAAUUGAUUGCAUUACUAGUGUUAAUCGGUGGCAUAGUCAUGGCGUACUUUCAACGCGAACAAAUUCAUAGCCUGUUGAAAAUGGAUCUGGAGCCGACGGAUGUUGAGUUCUAGGCAUACAGGCGGCUUUACUGUGCGAGUCCAUCCCAUCCACCGGCAAUUUGUACAUUUUGAGGGCCACCCAUUGCGGUCGAGUGUGUUGAUUGCAUUACUUCCAAUGCAUUUCAAUUAAUUUGACAUGGAGCAAUGCCAUAGGCAGUUGGCGUUGAUGUCGACGUUGAUGUCAUCAUUUGUGGAGUCCGGCCCCGUAAUGGGUUUACCUUACCUGCCUACCCUACCUAUGGUAAGCACUGCUAUGAGUCCAGGCCGUCAAUUGGAGUUGAGCUGCGCCUCUCAUGCCAGAAACGCGAACAGCUGCCAAACUGUCAGACAUUCGGUUUCUGUCUGCUGCCGUCGCUAUUUGCACAUUAUUUUCAACAUUUCAACUUAAUUCCUUUCAAUUUAUCAAUAAAUUUUUUACGUUGUGUGCAAA